AUGACUCCACCACCACCAUUCGAUCCACGUAGUCUCUAUUCCUCCACCAACGCUUCCUCCUCCACCUCCACCUCCAACACCACCUCUACAGGUACCCCUUCCAGACCCAACCUCGCUUCCGCCUCACCAGCGCCUUCUGGCCCUUCAAGCAAACGCGAAUCGAGCGGCGGAGCUGGUGAUGAUACUGACAGUUUCCCCUGCACAGCGGGUGCAGGCAGGAAAAAUAAGCCUUCGAAGAGGAGAAAAGUGAAUCUGGCAUGCAUCUAUUGCAGAAGAUCGCAUAUGACUUGCGACGAAGGUAGACCUUGUCAAAGAUGUAUAAAGAGAGAUAUUGGACAUUUGUGUCAUGACGAAGCUAUGCCGGCCAAGGUUCAUGGCGGAGGGGAUGGUGAGAUGGGUAGUUCUGGCACUCCGUCCAAGGCCAAGGUUCAGUCGAAAGCGGGGACGGGGGUGGGGAACGGUUCUGCUACACCACCACCACCACCACCACCACCACCACCAGCUACUGGUGCGAAUGCCAGUGCGAGCAACUUCUUUCCAACCCUAGGGCUCGGCUCGACGGAUGCAGGAGCAGCGGGAGGAAGCAACAGUGGCAACAGGAACAACGGCGGUUCGGCCUUCAAUGGCAGCUCAAAUGGCCCAUACUCUUCAGCCUCACCCAUGUCUUCGCUCAACCAGAACAACUAUGCAGAGUUUGGCGCUGCGAACAUGUCCAAACAACAACUACAACCCCAACCCCAACCCCCCACCACCUCCACGGCCCCAGCACAGGGCAGGGCGAGCAUGCAACCCUCAACCUCGAACAACAAUGCAGGGAUGCUUUCCCUUGCUAGCUUGUUCAAUAUGACAAACCCCGCCCCUUCCACCACCACCACCACCAACAACAACAACACCACUACUGCACAGGGGGGAAGUGUGGGGAACGGAAACAUAUCUCAACCGACUCAACCCACCACCUCUGCCCCAACAGGAGACAUUUCAGGUUUGGGUGGAGCCGGAUGGCUCGGACUAGGCGGAGGACCAGGAGGAUACGAAGGAGGAGGAAGCGGGUUUGGAGGAGAUUCGGCUGGAGGGAAUGAGUUUACUCUUCUAAGCGAGUUUUUGGAGAGUCUGGAUGGACCUGGAUUUGUUGCCGGGGCUACGCCGGGGAUGACUGGGGCUGCUGCGCAGACGAGUUCGGGUUUAACUCCGUCUCAGAGUAGGAGGAAUACCAUCUCAGGUCUUGCUUCAACCAGUGGAGGGAUGAUGGAAGGUCUCACUGCCCUUACACCGAUCAAUGCAAACGCUAAUAAUGAUCGAUCGAACAGCCUUUCCGCUCUGACAUCUAGCAACAACACUGGGAACAUCUACGAUCCUAAUUCUGGUUCUGAUUACAAUGGAUUCAACACCACCACCAAGCAACCAACCCAAAACAACGAGGGAAAUGGGAAACGUUCUCGCCGAUCAUCAUUUUCCGCCUCCACCUCGGCCAACACGAGGACAAGGACCACUGCGGCCCAAGGCAAUUCCAGCAUCGCCUCAGGCUCCUACCUCCCCUCGCUCCAAGGCGGCUCCUCGAAAACAGAACGAUUCUUCCUGACAGCAGCAGACCAAAAAGACGGUACUCGCGAUGAACGGCUUGCCCGAGUGAUCCAAGCUAAAUACGAAGCCGGUCUCCUGCGCCCAUAUAACCACGUCAAUGGUUAUGCAAGAUUAAACCGCUGGAUGGAACGCAAUGUUUCCGCUGCUUCCAAACGUCGAAUUCUCAAACCUCUAUGCGUUUUCCGACCUGCUUUCCGAGCCGUAGCUCAGUCACUGACCAACAUCGAUCUAGUGUUCAUCGAAGAGGCGUUUGAACGGCUUCUACUCGACUAUGACCGAGUGUUUAGUACGCAGGGUAUUCCAGCAUGUUUGUGGCGGAGAACGGGAGAGAUUUAUAAGGGCAACAAAGAGUUUGCAGAGCUGGUUGGUGUUCCGAUUGAAGGUCUUAGGGAGGGAAGGUUGUGUAUUUACGAGUUGAUGGCCGAAGAAAGUGCGGUGAAUUAUUGGGAGAAAUAUGGAGCAGUAAGUUUCGAUCCAGGUCAGAAAGCAGUGCUGACAAGUUGUGUUUUGAGGACGAAGAAUAAAGCGAUUGUUGCAGGUGGCGUUGGUAGUGGUGGUACUGCGCAAAGUGCAAAGAGUAUCGCUGCUCAACUUGUACGCUCAGCUUCUGCGUCUCGUCAACAAACUCCAAUUACAGAAGGCCGAGUUGGCGCAGGUAUAGCAAUGAAACAAGACGAGAAAGUUGCUGCGGAAACAGGUGCAACAAGCACAUCCGGAGUCUUGAAAGAUCCUAACAAUCCAAAAGCAGCUUUCAUCCAUUGUUGUUUCUCCUUUACCAUUCGACGAGAUCAAUGGAAUAUUCCUCAUAUGAUCGUUGGCAAUUUCUUACCUACCAAUCCUCCCUAG